CGAGACACAGCCAGUAGAAGGCGCAUGGAGCCACACACACGCACCUGGACACACCUGAAGUUCCACUUCCGGAAAAUUCCUAAAUAAGACCCGGAGCAUGUUUCGCUAGGAAAACUGACCAAAACUCCAGGAAAUCUAUUCUACUGAAUUUUGGAAAGGAGAACUUCAAAUGUGAUCCCUGUUCUGAGAGAUGACCUUUCAUGAACACUGGGAUGGUAUUUAAUGUGCCACUACAUAAUAAGUCUAAAAUAUUUUUUAAUUCAAGAUGUCUGAGGAUCUUUCUACGGACUCUGUGCCAAUUGUCAAAGCUCCUCUAGUUCUGACACCAGAACCAGCUGUUCCUGACUGGGAAAUGGAAAAGAAGAUAAAUACAGACAUGAAAAGAACAGAAGAAAAGAUCAGUGAUGCGGAUACGCAGUCAAGCACACUGCCCUGGUCUGGAGACAAGGCUGAUCUCAAACUAGAGAAGAGCGGAAUGGAUCUUGUAGGAGAGAAAGAGAGCGAGAGAUCAGAUAGUGGGUCCAUCCGUGGAGGAGUAAGCAGGACGGAAAGCGAGAGAGAGUUUGGUGGGCGAGAAAAGCAGGCAACGUGCGAAGACUGCCUGGAGGGAAAGCAGCCUGAGCUAAACGAGAAGGCUCCACACUUGGAGAUUGAGGUGGAGGAGUUGAACAGUAUGCCAGAGAAAGCAGCCGGGGUCUUCAAUCCGAGUGUGAGCGUCCUUCGCUCUACCAGCUUGCCUGAUCCGCCCAAGUACAGGUCAGAAAUGUGGCCGGAGGAGAAUCAUGCCUUGAUUAGACAGCAAGAAACUGUUCCAGAUGGCUACCAUGAUUUCCAUGACUACCACGACUAUCCCAAACAGAGCAACUUGCAAGUCUGUUCAUGUGCUGGGACAUAUCGUGAUGCGCUGAAAAUGGCCGUAUCUAUACUCAUGUCAGCUCUGGUCUUCCCUGUCCUGGUCUGGGGUGGCUAUACUUUCUUACCCUUUGAUGCUCCUCUGCUGGAUAACGCCCCUCUAAGAUUGGUCUACACGCUGCGCUGUUCAGUCUUUGCAGUUAUACCGAUUGUUCUGGGUAUGUUGGUGCUGGGUGUGUCCCGUGUGCGCUACCGUUCUCUGAAACCUCAUUGUGAGGGAGAGGUUGAAGAGGUGAACAUCCACCGCCGCUACGUUGAUGACUCCGUCUCACUCUUUCUGCUGUACUUCCUUCAGCUGGGUGUCAUGGCUGCUUAUCUGAACCAGAACCUUCUCAAACUGGUGCCUCUCCUCACUAUCAUCUUUGCCACUGGCAGGCUGGUGUACUGGAUUGCAGCAGCGUGGGGAAGCAGCUUGAGGGGUUUUGGGUUCGGGUUCUCCUUUUUGCCUAUGCUGACCAUGUUGGUGGCCAACUUGUACUUCAUCUUCAUGGCUGAUUCUGCUGGCUCAAUCUUUGCCCAGGAUGACCAGGAACAACCCAACCCUCCUCCAGAGUACAGGAAGAGGCUGUGGGGAUAGAGUGAGAUCAGAUACCCCAACAAUGAGGGAGAGUUUCUUCAACUGUGCCUUUGUAUAUCUCUCAUUUUUGCUAGCUAUAUAGAACACUGAUCAAAUGCUUACAUACAUGUAAAAUGUAGUUUUGAGGCAAAUACAUAUGAAUUGUGCAUGGAGCUCAUGAUGUGAUUUUGCCAUUUAGUUUAGAAUGAUUGUCACAAGAUUCCACAUCUGCAAUUUGGCUUGACAGAUUAUAUUGGAUAAAGGGGUGAAGAGACUAUAUAUGGUUGCCUUAUUUAAGACGUGUAGUAAGAAGAUACCCUACUGUGAUAGAUCAGUCUAUGUUGUUAGUUAUGUGAAUAGUAGUGCUAAUGAGUAAAUUCCAGAGUGUAAUCGAGCAAUAUUUAAAUAUUUAAAAGUGACAGCAGGUUGCUUAAAAUAAAUGGCCUAUGAAUGAAACAAAGGCAGAUGUGGAAAGAUUUAUUUUCAUAGACUACUUAUUUUCUUUCUAAUGCCAAAAGAACAGGCUGAAUAUUUCUUUUCUUGCUGAAUGGAGUUUAAAAAUAUGUUGAAAUAACCUUAUAGCAUGUUUUGUGUAGUUUGUAUUUGUGUGAAUUAUACAGUCCCUGAAGUGGGUCCAUUCAUUCUUCAUUAAAAUGGUAGUAAGAGGGAGGUCUUCCAAUCCUUAUGGAAGCUUGGUAUGGAUUAUUUGAAUGUGUGUGAGGGGAGGGGGGUGAUUGAAAGAAAUGUCAAGGACAGAACAAAUGUGUUAAAAUGUCUUAAGUUUGAAUGUUAUUUUUGGAUACUUUUGUAUUAACUCUUGUAAAUAAGAUGAUCAAAUUUCCAUUUAUUUUCUCUGAAAUCAUGUCAUUAUAUCCUAAGACACUCAUAACAGAAGACUACAUGCACAAUGGGGGUUGCAUAUGAUUUGAGUAGAGCACUACCAGGACAGUUUCCUUCAGAAUUAGUGAAGUUUUCCAUUUGCUUGUUUUAUAUAAUGUAAUCUAGCCUAUAAAGGGUCCCCCUGCUCCAUCACACUCAUUCUCUGGCUGUUCUCACCAACCGAGAGAUCCAGGUGGUCCUGUUAGUGUACACUUGUAGAACUAUGGUUGCUAUUCUUCCUUUCAUUUCUGACUGGCAGGGUGGUUUCUUUCAGAUGUAAUGGAGGCUGUGUAUCAAAAUCAUCACAAGGGUUUAUAAUACAAUCGAAUCGUGCACCCUGCUGGACAAUAACAGCCAGGAUUGAUAAAUAGUGCAAAUAUCAGACAGAAUCACUCCGGUGAGGUGCAGCAUUCUCAGUUUUACAAGUGUGAAUGCUGUUGCCAGAUGUAGAAAGUCUAUUUAUGGGUAGUGUGUGAUGACUGUGUGAUAACUAGUCGUUUUCUUUAAUCCAUCACAAAAGCUUGCAUAGCCCAUAAGAUUCAUGCCCAUGAGCUGCACAGUUUGCCCAUGUGUCAUGGCUCUUCUUGUAUUUGUCUUUCAGUGCUAGAGCUUCCACAUGCAAAAUCAGGAGCUCUGUCUGGUUUGUAACUAGCUGAUGGGACUGUCCCCACACACAGCCCGGUGAUCAUGCCUAGUCCUUUCCCAAAACUGCUUUCUUGUGUGGGUUUAUAUAUAUAUAUAGUGUGUGUGUGUGUGUAUAUAUGUAUAUGUGUAUGUAUUAAUUUUUUUUUUUUUAAAGAAAUGAGGCCUCCUAUAGGCUAAGAUCAUGUUGCAGCAUUAUUACCAACAUUGUUACCUAUUAUACUUGGCAAGGAAAUAAGCAAUUGGAAAACUCCACUAGUUUUUCUGAAGGAAACAGUCCAGUCAGUCUGGAACAAAAGUAAAUACAACUGCACCUGCUCUCUUUUUGUUUUCUAGAAACCUUCCAUUGACUGUUUCUAUUUAUUUUAUUUUUUUAUCUCUGCUGAAUAAUGUAGCAAAGAAUGCACUGCAUUAUAGUUUACAUGAUUCAUUUGUUCCCAGUGUAAUUCUAUAUUAUAAUUCUGUAUAAAAUCCAGACAAAGAACAACAUGUAUAAAAAUCUCUAAGUCUGUUGAGUUUAAGUUGUAUUGUGUAUUUCCUUUUCGCACUUAUAUACUGUGCACUAACCUUAAUAAACUGGAAAUAAUAUUUUUA